AUGUACCAACUCUAUCGUGAAAGUAAUAUCGGCAAAGCAUUUCAAGACACAAUCGAAGAGAAGAUUAAUUCACAAAUAAUUACUCCUCAACAAGGAAAUGCUCUACUAGAGAUGUUUGAUAAUGCAGUUUAUUUAGUAUUCAAUCGGAAUGUUCAUAAUAAGAUGAGUUUUAAAGCUUCGAUUAUCAAUUAUAAGAACUUUGCCGAUGUUUGGACAUUUGUAGUUAAAAACUUUGUUAUGACUAUCAAUGAUGAGUUAGUUCGGGCCGAUCGAGUAAAGAUAGUAGCUUGUGAUGCUAAUAUCAAUGCUGAACGGACUACUCGGGGUAAGAAUGCUGAUAAAAAGAAGGCUUUCUAG